AACCUUGCAGCUUUAAUGAUUUAAUAGUAAUUUGAAGCACGGCUCCGUUCUCAAAGCGGGAUGAAGCUUUCGAGCAGCGCGAGGCUCCUGAGGGCGGCGGAGCCGCGGCCCGGCCGCGCCCGUUCCCGCCCUUUCCCGGCCGCGGCAGGCGCUGAGGCGGCGGCGGAGCGGCGGGAGGGCUGCCCGGGACCCCGGGGCUUUGGGACUGGCGGGGCUCCCUUUGGGAGCGGCGGGGCUCCCUUUGGGACCGGCGGGGCUCCCGUUGGGACCGGCGGGCUUCCCUGUGCUGCGAAGGGAGGUGCGAGCAGCGCUGUCGCUGCCGCCUGUGCGUCCCCUCAGGCUGCAGCUGAGGGCCCAAGUCUCCCUGACUGCUCUGAGGUGCAGACUGUUAAAGAGAUACCCAUAAUAGGUCCAGGUAAGCAUGAGAACAUAUUUAUUUCCAGUUUAUUUUGGAGGAAGUUAUGUCACAAAUACAAUAUACUGUUUCAGUAGGGAAAGAUCUCACCAUGGCACCAUCAGGAAGAAAGCAUGGAGGAAAAGCUGGUAAACCAGCACAGGAAGAUCAGACCAUACCUACUUUUGACUUUGAGGAGGAAAGAAAAGAACUGAGUGGAUCAGAGGAAGAUAUUAGAGAAGGUGACAUACCAGUAAUGGACAAGCAUGGAAAGAAAAGACCUCUGGUGAAUACUCAUGUGGUUCCAGAUGAUGUGGGGGGUGAAGUACAGAAUAUGUUGGAGAGAUUUGGAGCUGACAUUAACAAGGCUCUCUUAGCUAAGAGGAAACGAUUAGAAAUGUACACAAAAGCCUCACUCAAAACCAGUAACCAGAAGAUUGAACAUGUUUGGAAAACGCAGCAGGAGCAAAGGCAGAAGCUCAAUCAUGAGUUCUCCCAGCAGUUCCUGACUUUAUUUCAGCAGUGGGAUGUAGAUGUGCAAAAGGCAGAGGAGCAGGAAGAAAAACUAGCGAAUAUGCUUCGUCAGCAACAAAAGGUUUUUCAACAGGCAAGAAUAGUUCAAAGUCAGAGACUGAAGACCAUUAAGCAACUCUAUGAGCAGUUCUUAAAGAGCAUGGAAGAGCUGGAGAAGAGCAAUGAAAAUCUUCUGGCUGGUGCCCAAAAUGAACUUCGCAAGGAAAUGGCGCUGUUGCAGAAGAAGAUUAUGAUGGACACUCAACAGCAGGAGAUGGCAACUGUUCGCAAGUCUCUUCAGUCCAUGUUAUUCUGAUGGCUCAGUGGAGGAGCAACUUGUACCUAAGUAACACGAUACAAGUACAGGCAUUAGAAGGAUGUUGAGAUUUAAAUGUUUCAAGGUUCCUAUUACACUCUUUCCUAGAUUGUUCUAAUCUUCUCUGUUCAUGUUGUAAGAACAUAUCUUAGUAAACUUCUAUUACUGGGGGGCAGUAUGGACCCCAAACCAUUCACUGUCUGUUCAGUUGAUUUUUAAAAAUUUCAUGGCCACUUCCAAUAGCACUGGACUUCAAAUAGUUUCACUUUUAUAUACCAAAUUGUGACAAGGGGAAGAAUUAAUGAAACAUGCAUUACCCAGACUUUACAUAAUAACUUGAGGCCUUUAGGUACAUUUUGUAAAUAGAAGCAUUUCUAACA